AUGAACUCAAAUUAUUCAAAUGAUCAAUUUUUUUGUUCUGAUAAUAACCUCUAUCCUACAAUUGGUUCACGUAUGAAUAUUCCUCAUGUGGAUGUGCAGAAUGCUAACAUCCAUUUACCAAACCAAUAUUACGGCAAUCCAGGAGUCUCGGUAAAUUCUUCUAUCGUACAAGACAAUUCUGUCAUUACUCAACUCGUUCAUCCUAUUAAAUUUAUUUAUCGGCCAUCCAAUGACUUUUAUAUUUAUCACAUCAAAUGUAGAGAAAUCUCUAUUCAAUUAUUAAAUGAUUUUAGUAGUAACGUAUCUAACAUUAAUUUCAAUCAAAAUGAAUAUAUCUUUUAUUAUCAACAACAAAGCGAUAAUAGAAUUUAUCAAGUGGUCUGCGAAAUAAUUUCUCCAUCUUUUAUUGUUAAUCUUUUAAAUAAAACUAUUUAUGGAAUUGAAAUUGAACAAAAUAUUGGGGAAGAAUUGACCUUCAAAUUUGAUCAAAAGGAAAAUCUCAAAUUUUAUUUAACACAAUAUUUAAAUCGUUUUUUAUUAAAUUAA